CUUAUCGGAGUGUGAUAUGAUCCUUCCCCAAACUCGAGUAGAGCGAGGUUCGAUAUUAGUCAUCACAGAGUUUAGCAUUUGAUAUACGUGUGUGCCACCAAACUACCAAUUGAUCUCCAUAUAAGCUUCACUGAAAACUCCAUUGAAUUUUCUACGCCAUGUCUCACCACGGGGACCACGUGCAAUGUGACCACUCGAAGGGCAGGGUGCAUGCUGCGGCGUCUCAGACCGUCAUGGAGAACUCGCUCAUGAUGAAAGAAGAGUGGAGGCUGGAAGACUGGGAAGAGAUCUACGAGAAAGUGGAACACACCAGUAGCAAGGGUCAUCCCUCGGAACAAUUAGUGACAUACGUGAAGGAGCUGCUGCCCUCCGAACCUGCCAGGGUGUUGGUACCCCUCUGCGGCAAGUCCCCGGACCUGCGAUGGCUGUACGAGCGCGGCAACACUGUGGUGGGCGUGGAGGGCAUCGAGAAGCCUGUGCGGGAGUUCUUCGAAAAGUAUCCGGACCUGCAGCACUCUGUCGAGGACCUGCCUUUCGGAAAGGUGUACAAGAGUCAGGACGAGCGGCUGCAGGUGUUCGUGUGUGACGUCACGCAGAUCCCCGAGGGCGCCCUGGGGAAGUUUGACGCCGCCUUCGACUGGGGCUCCUACACCGCCAUCAGGCCAGCCGACAGGCCGAGGUACGCCGAGGUGAUGCUGGCCGCCAUGGGGGAGAACUUCCGGUACUUCCUGGAGGUGUGCCACGACGGGCCUCCCGGGGCGAAGGGGCUGCCCCACUCCAUCCCUUUCAGGACCAUCAAGCUGGAGUUCGGAGUGUCCUUAAAGCUGCGGGUGUUGGCCACCAAGGACAUCAGCGAGGAGUGGGGAGUGGACUCCUUCUUCAACAGUUUCAUUUUGAUGUCCGACAAGGAGUUGUAGGCGUCGGGGGUGUGGCGUCGUGUUUUUCAUCACGUUAUAUUUUGGUAAAGGUGUUGGAGUAUUGCCUGAACUCGAGCCUGAAAUACACACACAAACAAUUCAGAAUGUAGUAGAUGCACCUAUAUACGUAGUUGUGCUCUUUUGCUUCAUAUAAUUAAUUAUGUUCUUAUGUUCUUAUGAGUAAUUAUUGUUUUUGUUCAGACCUUAGUAAUCAUCAAAAAAAGAAUGAGGUUAGAGAUAAAAUAAACCUCUGUUGACAAUUAUAGCUCAUAUGCUAGGAAAUGGCGUAUAUAUAUAUAUAUAUAUAUAUAUAUAUAUAUAUAUAUAUAUAUAUAUAUAUAUAUAUAUAUAUAUAUAUAUAUAUAUACUUUAAUAAAGCUCGUGAAGUGCAGCGUUUGUCGUCACUGAUGUAUGGAGCAAAAUAUGAUUGUGUAUUCGUAAUCAAAGCUUCAAACACGUACUGUACACAUUCACUACUCCCUAUGAAGCAAAUAAGUGUAUCAUUUCUCCUCUGGAAGUCGUGUAAGCACCGGCUGGCCCCGAGAGUGGCAGCGCGUAUCACAACCUUAUGUAAGGCAUCACGUGCGAGUAAAUAAAAGAUAAACAUCUCAGGGAUUAUGACCCAUACACAUCGGUUAUCCUGUGAGAUAAGAAAUACUGUAACAUAGCAUAGGAAUGCAGAAUCAGCAAUAUAAGCUACCUUUAAGUCUGUAUUUAAGGCAACACCAUGACUUAGAAAUAAUGGAAAAAAUAACGCAUUACACUCCAGUGUUGUCAUAUAACUUAUAGGAACAAUCAUCCAUUAUUCACUGCAUAAGCUAUUGUACUGUACACCGUUACACCUUGUGGGAAGUGGUCCGUAAGCUUCUACUUUUCCUUUACAGUCUUCAGUUAACCUUUGUGGUCCAAGAACUAGGGAUCAGGUGGGCUCGUGGAAGCAAAGACUAAUCAUAGAAGUUAUAAUUUGACUUUGCGUGGAAGGGGGCUCGGCACGCGACUGAAAGGUCGUGUUGGCCGCGUCCCGCGGUUGCCACUCGGCGAGGAGGUAUUGUCUUGCCAACAUCCACUGCAUGGUCUUACUUGCCCUAGUCGUAGAAUAACUGAAUGCCCUUUUGAUCCCUUAUAUCCAUUGGCUUUGUAUGUGGAGAUGAGACUUAAAAUGUCGAUGGACUGGUGAGUUAUUGUAUUUAUGAUUUUUUUUCUGUGAAGAACGUCUAGUGGAAUAAAAUGAGGCAGUGAAAAAGUAGUUUGCCAAAGAAUACAGUGUGACUGAUAGGUAAAAGUCAGAUAGAUAGAUCUUGUCAGAGUCAGGUUUAGACAUCCCUCUAAUAGCCUCGGUUCAUCUCUUAGGCGGCAGUCUCCUCAUGCAGCAGGUAACGACUGUCUACAAGGAUAAAGCUGUCUUUCAAGAUGGUUUCAGGUAUUGGAGGUAAGAGCUGCUCCUCCCACUGUCACUCGUCCUGGACCAGCCUGAACCGUGGAUCAUUAAAUGGGUUGGGCGUCGCUGGGCUUCACGCUGCAGCACACUGCCCCUGAACGUGGCUGAGGACUCUUGACAUGAACACCGAGGCCAUAGCCGUGGUUCUUUCUGGUUCACAAAGGAUAUUGUCCCCUUACUCUUUAAUGCAUUAAUGCUAUUUUUAUGGUUUUAGCAGAAAUAUUAUAGAACAUUAACGAAGUCAAAUAAAGGUGCUUGUUGUCUUGCCACA